AUUAUAUAAUUUGUUAAAGUUUGGUCGGAUUAAAAGGCUAAACGGGCCGCAUCCGGCCCCCAGGCCUUAGUUUGCCCAUGCAUGGACUACAUAUUAUUUGUUAACACUUAGGGAAAAUAUCAGCUGUUACAAUGUUUGGGGAUUUAAUGGUGAAAACGUAAAACCACUCGUCGUUACAACGGUGCUUAUAACACGUGUGUUCAAUUGCUUUUAAUUGCGAGACAAAGCGAGAGCUUAACUAGAAACACCAGCUGAAUUCAUAAUGAAGGUUUGCACAGAAGGGAACAGUCUGCAGAUACAGUUACCUCUGAGACAGAAAGUGAGGAGUCCUGAGGACAGCAUGCAGUGAGUAAGUGCAAAAAAGGAGAAACAAAAAAGUUUAGAUGAGACAGCGAAUAACAGUGAGAAAGGGCAAGCAAAAAGCGACAAAUGAUAUGAUUGGACGACGUGUUGAGUCGUCAUCUGUGUGGGCGGGGCCUGGUGGUGGAUAAGACAGGACAGCUCCAUCUUUGCAGGAUUUGACAGGAGCUUUGACCUGGAGCCGAGGAGAAUCAAGAGCUCUACGCGGAGACACCGCCAGCAUCUUUUCACAAUGAAGUCAACAUCCCGAGGACUUGCCUAUUGAACAGAGACAAGCAGAGUUUGAACAUUUCACAGUAUUCAUUUACAAAAUCCAAAUGCCGAAUUUCGGCGUAAAUCCAGCGGAAGUGAUGGUUCACACUGUCUUUUAAUGAGUCCUCCUCUGGUGAAUGACAGCGUAUCAGAGAGACUGCGUGAUAAGGACAGAGAGACACACAGGGAGCCGCGGACAUGGCUGACAGAACUGCUCCAAACUGCCACCUGAGACUGGAGUGGGUAUACGGAUACCGGGGACACCAGUGCCGCAACAACCUGUACUACACUGCCGCCAAGGAAAUAGUCUACUUCGUGGCCGGUGUGGGAGUUGUGUACAACACACGCGAACACAAGCAGAAAUUUUACCUGGGACACAACGAUGACAUAAUCAGCUUGGCUCUCCAUCCGGAGCGAGUGCUGGUGGCAACAGGACAGGUGGGAAAGGAGCCGUACAUCUGUGUGUGGGACUCCUACACUGUUCAGACCGUGUCCAUCCUCAAGGACGUGCACUCACAUGGCAUCGCCUGCCUGGCCUUUGACCUGGAUGGACAGUGCCUGGUGUCCGUGGGCCUGGAUUCUAAAAACACAAUCUGUGUGUGGGACUGGAGGAGAGGGAAGGUUCUGGCAGCAGCUCCCGGACAUACAGACCGGAUAUUUGACAUAUCGUGGGAUUUGUACCAGCCGAGCAAACUCGUAAGCUGCGGUGUCAAACAUAUCAAGUUUUGGAGCUUGUGUGGAAACGCGCUCACACCGAAACGUGGCGUUUUUGGGAAAACCGGCGACCUCCAGACCAUCCUCUGCCUCGCCUGUGCGAAAGACGAGAUCACGUAUUCAGGUGCCUUGAACGGCGACAUCUACGUGUGGAAAGGGAUCAACCUGAUAAGGACAGUGCAAGGAGCUCAUGGGUCAGGGAUUUUCAGCAUGAAUGCCUGCGAGGAGGGCUUUGCCACCGGGGGCCGAGACGGCUGCGUCCGGCUGUGGGAUCUUAACUUCAAACCAAUUACUGUCAUCGAUCUCAGGGAAACAGAUCAAGGAUAUAAAGUAGCUAGAGGUGCAAAUAGUCGAGGCCUGUCCGUGCGCAGUGUGUGCUGGAGAGGAGAUCACAUUCUCGUGGGAACGCAGGACAGCGAGAUCUUUGAGAUAGUGGUCCACGACCGCAACAAGCCCUUCCUCAUCAUGCAGGGUCACUGUGAGGGCGAGCUGUGGGCGCUGGCCGUGCACCCCACCAAACCACUGGCCAUGACAGGAAGUGACGACCGCUCCGUCAGGAUAUGGAGCCUCAUAGAUCAUGCGCUGAUUGCACGUUGUAAUAUGGAGGAACCGAUCCGCUGUGCCGCUGUGAGCACCGAUGGCAUUCACCUGGCGCUGGGAAUGAAGGAUGGCUCCUUUACUGUCCUGAGGGUCAGGGACAUGACCGAGGUGGUCCACAUCAAGGACAGGAAGGAGGCCAUCCAUGAGCUCAAGUAUUCUCCCGAUGGAGCCCAUUUGGCCGUGGGCUCCAACGAUAACUCAGUGGACAUCUACGGCGUGGUGCAGCGCUACAAGAAAGUGGGCGAGUGCAUCGGUUCCAACAGCUUCAUCACACACAUGGACUGGUCUACGGACAGCAAAUACCUGCAGACCAACAAUGGCAGCGCCAGGAGGCUCUUCUUCAGAAUGCCAAGUGGGAAGGAGGUGACCAACAGGGAGGAGCUGAAGCUGGUGCAGUGGGCUUCGUGGACAUGUGUGUUGGGCGCAGAAGUGAAUGGUAUCUGGCCCAAGUACUCAGAUAUCAACGACAUCAACUCUGUGGAUGCCAACUACAGUAAUCAAGUCUUAGUAACAGCCGAUGACUACGGACUGGUCAAGCUUUUUCGCUAUCCGUGUAUAAAGAAAGGUGCAAAGUUUAAAAAAUAUCUGGGUCACUCAGCGCACAUAACCAACGCCAGAUGGUCACACGACUACCAGUGGGUGAUAACCAUCGGUGGUGCAGACCACUCGGUGUUCCAGUGGAAGUUUGUUCCUGAGAGAAAGGCCAAAGAGGCUCUGCACCUAGCACCUCAAGGUAAGAUCAAACUUUUAACUCUAUACCAUGACCCGCCAUCAGGUGGCACCAUUUUAUUGUAGAAACUUAUUUA